CAGUGCCUGUGCUCGGACCUUGCGCCAGUGGGGAGUGGGGAGGGGCAUUUUGGACCUCCUGCCGUUGCCCGUUGACGAAGUACAACGCGGGGGAGGACUGAGGCGGCCACCUCUGCUUCUUCAGUCCUUUGCUGACGUCUUCGCCGGCUUCUCCUUCGUCUUCCACAUCCCAUCGUCUGCUCGCUGGCGCCGAGAACUGUGAGAGUACUGCUCAGAAAUACAUGUGUAUCUGAUUUUGACAAAAGUGAUAAUUUGAGGCACCGGAGAAAAUAUGGCAGAUGCCCUGUUUGUUGUUCUCAGAAAAGUUGCCCUUUCCCUGAGCGAAAGGGCCCUAGAGAGGAUUGGCACGGAGGUGGUCGAAGUGGCACCAAUCCUGACAGAUUUUGAGCAUAGCAUGAAACAAAUCCAGGGCGAGCUUUCGAUUUUGCAUGCCUUUAUUGGCCAGAACAGUAGUCACAGAGAUGGUGACAAGGCAUUUGGUGCCUGGUUGGACCAGGUUAGAGAUGUCGUCCAUGAGGUGGAAGACAUCGUCGAUGAGUAUGCGUACCUUACUGCACAAGCUGUAGAUACGAGCAGCUUCUUCAAGCGAAAGUUCCAUCAGAUCAAGAACAUUGGAGCAUGGCAGAAGUUACCAACCCAAAUCAGCCAAGUAGAAGCUCGAAUUCAGAGGCUAUCAGAAAUGAGGAAUCGGUAUGGUAUCAUGGUAGGUCAACUAGAAAGGAGUAACAAUUUGAAGCAACCAAGUCAGCUCUUUAUGUCAGAUUCUGCUUACCUGACUGAUACCUCUGAGGUAGUGGGGAAUGUCGAUGAAAUUGCAAGAUUGACGCAGUGGCUUCUUGAGGAGAAACAAGAUCGAACUCUAGUCGCCAUCCUUGGCAUGGGAGGUUUAGGCAAAACUACUAUUGCAAGCAGUGUCUACAAGAAUCAAAUGAUCAGAAGAACUUUUGAUUGCCAUGCUUGGGUUACUCUAUCUCAGACUUACCAUGCUGAAGAACUACUCAGAGAAAUCAUAAAUCAGCUAAUAGACCAGAGAUCAAUCAUGGCAAAUGGUUUUAUGACAAUGAAUCGCUUGAGAUUAGUUGAGGUGAUACAAAGCUAUCUGCAGGACAAAAAAUAUAUGAUUGUCUUGGAUGAUAUAUGGGAUAAGGAUGCUUGGUUAUUUUUGAACCAUGCGCUUGUCAGAAACAACUGUGGAAGUAAAGUGCUGAUAACAACCCGGCGAAAAGAUGUAUCUUCUUUGGCAGUUGGCAGCUACGUCAUUGAACUAAAAACACUUAAAUAUGCUGAAGCUUGGGAGCUAUUUUGUAAGAAGGCAUUUCGUGCAUCAAAAGAGAAUGUAUGUCCAGAGAAUCUUAUAUCUUGGGCAAAGGAAAUUGUUGCCAAGUGUCAAGGAUUGCCAUUGGCCAUUGUAACCAUUGGAAGCAUUCUAUCAUACCGUGAAUUAGAGGAACAGGUGUGGAAAUGCUUUUACAAUCAACUUAGCUGGGAAUUAGCUAACAAUCCGGAGCUCAAUUGGAUUUCCAGUGUCCUGAAUUUGAGCUUGAGUGAUCUCCCAAGUUAUCUGAGGAGCUGCUUUCUAUACUGUAGCCUCUAUCCUGAAGAUUAUAAGAUUAAAAGAAAACAGAUUUCCAAGCUUUGGAUCGCAGAAGGCCUUGUGGAAGAGAGAGGAGAUGGAACAACAAUGGAGGAACUUGCUGAGUGUUACCUUAUGGAGCUCAGUCAACGCUCUCUUCUUCAGGUCACAGAAAGGAGUACAUCUGGAAGGGCUAGAACAUUUCUGAUGCACGAUCUUAUGCGAGAGGUAACUUCGGCCAUUGCUAAACAGGAGAAGUUUGGUGUUGCUUAUGGCGAUGCUACUACAAACCAAGUUGUCCAUGAAGCUCGCCGCUUAAGCAUCCAAAGAGGUGCCAAGCUGUUGAGUUCUUUAGCAACUUCACGACUUCGCUCCUUUAUUUUGUUUGACACUGAAGUCCAACCUUCUUGGAUAUAUGAUAUUGUAUCACGUUUCAGACUGCUAAGGGUCUUAUGCCUAAGAUUCGCUAAUAUUGAACAAGUGCCAGGCGUGGUUACAGAAUUAUACAACUUGCGCUAUCUGGACAUUUCACACACAAAAGUGAAGGAGAUACCGGCAUCUUUCAGAAAACUUGUUAACCUACAAGUUUUGGAUCUCAAAUUCAGCAGCGUAGAGGAACUGCCAUUGGAAAUAAUGAUGCUAACUAAUUUGCGGCAUUUGCAUGUUUGUAAAAUCCAAGAUCCUCAAGAAAGAUCAUUGAAUUGCUUCUGUGCUACAAAACUUUAUGGUAAUAUUUGUCAUCUCAAGAAUCUGCAAGCUUUGUACACCAUUUCAGUAAAUAUAAAUUUGGUUUCAGAGCUGAGGAACUUGACACUGAUGAGAAGUUUGGGUAUGCUAGAAGUGAAACAAAGCUACAUUGAAGAGUUAUGGAACUCCUUGACAGAGAUGCCGAACCUUAGCCGACUAUAUAUUUCCACGUGUGAUAUCAAUGAGGUCCUCAACUUGAACACGCUAAAGCUACUACCAAACCUGAAUCUCUUCUGGCUGGCAGGAAAGUUGGAGGGAGGCAUGCUCCCACAAAUUUUUCCUGAGAAAUUAAUACAGUUAAAGUUAGAUUGGUCUGGUCUGAAAAAGGAUCCUAUUAGCUCAUUCUCUCACAUGUUAAAUCUUGUUAAUCUGUGGCUCUUCGGGGCAUAUGCUGGGGAACAACUAACAUUUUGUACAGGAUGGUUCCCCAAGCUCAAAUCUCUGCACUUAGCUGACAUGGAACAUCUUAAUUGUAUUGAAAUAAAGGAUGGAACAAUGAAGAAUCUAUGUCUUUUGGAACUUGCUGGUUUAAGGAAUCUAAAGGUUGUACCUUGGGGCAUGAAGUACAUUAGGACACUCGACCAAAUGCUUCUGACAGAUAUGUCAAGUGGGUUCAUAGAAAGACUGCAAGGAAGUGACAAUCAUAUUGUUCAGCACAUACAUAACAUCCAUAAUCUUGACUCUUCUGAUUCUCAAGCAGUAAAUAACAUCGUUUAUCUGCCAUAUCUUGCCAAGAAGUUUGGCCCUGGUGCAAUUAAGUAUGCCUCUACAAAAUGUGACUCAUCUGGCUCUUGACAGUUCAGUGGGAGUUGUCUUCCAAAUACGUAUAGUUCGAGUUUUGGCUCAGUGCUAGUCAUUGGGCAAUAUGUAGUUCAUCUAGGUGUAACUGAAUGAGCUAAUUUCUGCUGUGCUUAUUCCAAGGAUUUCGAUGGAAGCUACUGAAAUGGUAAGCCGCUGCCAUGAAGAUCUACAAUGGCAGAAAUCGCCAUCUGCCUGUGUAGAGGACGAAGCAUGUGUUUUCUAGUUGAAGAGUGUAUUUGUGAAAAAUGUCCUCCAUAAGAGUCAUCAGACAAGUACAACAUUUCAGUGGUUAAAUAUUAGAGGUUUAGAGCGUGCACAUGAGUAGGCCAUGCCUGAGUUUGGUGAAACAUAACUUUCGUUUUUAGCUAAACAGUCAAUUUGUACAGGUUAUGUAAUGUGAAUCUGAACUCAGCUCCAGAGACCAGAGUCAUCCCUUCUUGUUUGUGGCCUGAACUUUCAGGAUUAGGAACUAGGGAGCUUUGCUUUAGAAUCUUUCAGAAUUUAGCUUCAACUUAGUCGUAAACGGUUUUGAUCCCUGCCCCCUUGAUAUGAUCUUGCCAUACUACUGGGCGGCUGAAAAACAUCAUAUGCUUCAAGAGACCUGCAACUGUAAUUGA